AUGGACGACGACGACUCGGAAGAAGAAUACUAUUUCCCCUACAUGUUACCUGAGGGAGGGGUGGACAACACGAGCGCAGCGCGGGGCAAACAAGGCGGGUCUAUCAAAGGCAGGAGAGCAAAUAAAGAUCGGGAUCGAGAAAUAUGGGGAGAACGUCUAAUGAGCGACUACUUUGGUGACAACCCAGUCUACGAUGAGGGCGAUUACGUAUGCGUCGUGACCUUUUUUGAGCUCAUUACAAUCGCCCUGGUUGAGGAUGAAGAUUGCAGCUACUUCGUCCAGCGCAUUGACGCAACUGGACGUCCUGGUUUCCUACCAGAACAGAAGGUAACGUGUGCUUUACGGAUGUUGGCAUAUGGAGCAUCAGCAGAUCAAUUAGAUGAGCUGAUUCGUAUGGCUGAGUCCACAGUGUUGGAGACUUUAAAGCUGUUCUGCAGCAAUAUUAUCCGGUUAUUUGGUCCAGACUUGGACUGUAUGCACUGGACAUGGAAGAAUUGCCCAACGGCAUGGCAAGGAGCUUUUCAGGGAAAAGAGAAGUGCUCGACGGUGAUCUUGGAAGCAGUGGCUUCUAAGUCGUUAUGGAUUUGGCAUGCAUUCGAUGACAUGCCUGGCGCCAACAACGAUUUGAAUGUACUCGAGCGAUCUCCUUUGUUGAAUGACCUGGUAAACGAUGUUGCCCCCAAAAUUUCCUUCACUGUGAAUGGUGCGACGUACAAUCAGGGAUACUAUCAUUCAGAUGGAAUUUAUCCUGCCUGGGCAAUUUUUCAAUCCAGUAUCAGUGCACCCCAAGGCAACAAGCGUAAGUGUUACGCUGUCCAACAGGAAGCUGCUCGCAAGGACGUUGAACGCACUUUCGAAGUAUUACAACAACGCUUUCGAAUUCUUGCCCUACCUUGUAAACUAUGGAGUGUCGAUGCAAUGAAGGAUGUGAUGCUAGCUUGCAUUAUCCUCCACAACAUGAUUGUGGAAGACGAGCAGCGAAUUCCCUCACUGAAUCAUCAGUAUCUGUUCGAAGAUGAAUGGGUCAGCCCGGCAGAAGUUGGUGUACCAGAUGAGUGCCCAGUCGCAAUGAUAGCAAACGCGAUGCAAGUGCUGGAAGACGAAGAACUUCACUAUGAAUUAAAAACGGAUUUGGUCGAACAUGUAUGGCAAUGCUACGGUGAUCUCGGCUAG